GGAGGACAUGAUUGAUGAUGUCAAGUAGUUUUGAAACUCACUACAAGAACAAGAACGUUGGUUCGAUGAAGAAAUCAUUAUCUUCAGAAUCUUCAUUUUUGAUGAACUUGAAAAAGAUAAAACUGAAAGGAACAACUUCAUCUUUUGCUCUUCAUCACGUCUUCUUCACUUUUCUUCUCCUACAUCAAGACCUUUCCGCGAUGAGAGGUUGUGGAGUUGGCGUUUUCGCCCUUACGGCUACCCCAUGGUCCUGGGCACCACUGGUUGAAGCGUCUUCUGGCCCAUUUCUUGAUCAUGGAGGUACUACUAGUACAACUACUUCCAGCAGUACUAAGAAAACUAGACCCCGCACAUCAUCUUCGGCAACUUCGUCAUCGUUAGAAGAUGGUGAAGAAGAUGGUGAAGCUUCUAAGUCAAGAAGUGAUACAGGUAUUUUUACUGCAGGUAGAAGUGCCUCCAGUGAUUGUGAUACCUUGGUGGAAGAAGAAGGGGUAGUUGCAACAUCAUUUGGGAAAGCCGGCACCUCCUCACUUGAAACCUGCGAAGAGCAUUCGCCUAGUUGGGCACCUGAUUCUCAACAGCAAGAGCUGCACACUCGCUAUUCUUCCGCACUAGCAGGAUCAUUUUUAUCACGCGCUUGGCCACCCGUUUUAGCUACGCUGCUUAACAACCCGUUGUUAGGUUCUAAACCUACUGCGCCUGCUUCUUCGUUCGCUCCUGUGAAUCCAAUUCGAGCCUCUUCUUUUGGUAUGAGCGCAUCUUCAAGGAAUCCCAGAUACCACGUGCAAUUGGCUGGUACAGCUGUCCCCUUUCUUCUCGGAGACUCUAAUGUUUGCCGUCUGACAAAUAAGCAACUCUUUCCUACUUGCUAUGCGGCUAUUCUUGAAGAGUACCAGAAGGCGCAUGUUGACCAGCAGAAUCAGAGGGACAAGAUGUCCUCCUCGUCCGAUGACUGUGUUUCUGGGCAGUUGCAGGAGAGCGAUUCCAAUCUAGUGUCUCAACUUCAGUGCAUGACCCUGGAUGGCGGGAAGACGGGCACAGAUACUAGAGAUGAAGGAGAGUCAAUAUCAUCAUGCAGCAGGAGACCACUUGCAUCCUGGUGGGCUGCAGGUAGCUCGUCUUGGUUUCCGGGACGACGCCCCUGUUUCCACAAUAUGGACGUGGAUCAUACGACUACAGGAGCAUCCGAGUCAAAAAGCGUGUCGGCAUCUUCUUUAAGGCGGAUUUGAACCUGGAAAAGCUUCUUCUAGUAGUGGGUAACUAGUAGGUCUGAAACUGAAAUGGAAAUUAGUUAUAGCAAGAAACCUUGAAACAGCUCUUCGACCGAAUCUGGACGAGCAUUGCGAUCCGAAUUCGUAUUCCGGUUACAAGAACUUCCCAAGUAAGCAACUAGGUCUGAAAUGACAACCACCAGGUUACAAUAACAAGGACGAAUGAUAGCAUCAUGAUUUUGUGACGAGAACACGGAAUACAUGGAAUGAAGAUAUAUAUCAUGAUUCUUUAUUGUCGCGCGUGAGUUUGCGACUUUUUUCCUUGAAAAUGCUCUAAAAAUCUCUGGAGCUGCUGAGUGCGGUUUGGCUACCUUUCUAGCUGCGUAUCCGAAUCUGGAAGAGUAUUGCGAUCCGAAUUCGUAUUCUGGGAUUGCGAGACAGCGGGGACCAUUGUCCAUACCACCGCACGUGGGCAUCGUCAUGGAUGGAAAUGGUAUGAAGGCCGCUGUGGAUGUACUUACUUUACUACUUGGUAAGGAAUGCUAAUGUAAAUGCUGGUAGUAAGUGCAAGUGAGUAAAAUAGAUAGUGGCAGGUCUUGUUGUUGACCUGCUAUGUCUUCUAUGUCAUUGCAGUUCAAUCUCCGUAAGAAUCCUGCAGUUCCAGUUCUUUGGAGUACUAGAGUCCCUAGUUGUAUAAGACGGGUAGACAUCGUCCACCUCGUGCCCCCCCUAGUUGUUGUUACUGUCAUUUUAUUUGUACUUUCUUUCCAACCCUCCGUUCUAAUCGUAGUCGCUGGGCUCAGCAACGCUCACUUCAUCGCUCCUUUGGACACAAGAAGGCAGAGGAUAAUGUGCAUAAGAUAAUCGAAGCAGCGGCAAAAAUUGGAGUUCAGCAACUCACGCUUUUUGCUUUUAGUACCACUGAAAUCUUUUUUUUUGAAUUUGAUGACCUCUACUUGUUGUUGUUUCUAGUAGUGCAUAAGUACCUAAAAUCUACAUAUUUAUAGUACUACUUCAACUACAUAGCUGCUCGUGUAUUUUUCCUUGCAUUUUUCUUAGACAGGUACAAGCGUUGUGCGUCGUGUCGGGCAAUUUCAUCUGCAUCAACUGCAUCAUUGUCAUCCUCACUCGCUUCUUCAACAGGUUCUGACAACUGGGCGCGUCCCAAGGACGAAGUUUCGCAUUUGAUGCAACGCUUUGCCUCUUUUUUGGUAGACUCGAAAUUGCGGAAACAGUUAACUGAGCAUCAGAUUCAAGUGCGUGUUAUCGGGGAUUUGUCUCCACCUUUACCUCCAUGGACUGCGGAAGAUCAGAAGAGAGUUUCAUGUGGUACUUGUAGGAAUAUACAGACAGGAGUAGUACAAGAUGAAGAGCAAGAACUAGAACACCAAGAAGAUCAAGAACAUCUUCUGAGCGGUGCUGCUUGUGCCUCUGCGCCUGUUGUAACUGGAGAAACACCUCCAAGUGUAUCUGGAAUAACCGCCGUUCCUCGAGUUCCAAGCAUGCCACAAGGGCUGACUCAAGUUUACCGAACGACGUCCCCUGACAGUGUUACUACUACCUCAUCCUAUUCCUUACCGGUAAGCGAAAGACCGCAAAUGACCAGUGAAAGCGAGAGUUGUGGGUACAACCAACUGCGUAGCCGCUUACAGACACCACCAGCUGGUGGAGGACCACAAGUUUAUGGACGAAGUUCUUUGGAGUUUCAAGUCGAAAUAGCCGAGGAUAGAUACUUACCUCGUCAAUUAGUUGUAAUACAUUGUUGUACCUAGUACUGCCACUUUUGUUUGUAAAGAUGUGAACUUUAUUAGGCUUAUAGUAGCACUGUGGAGAUUGCUUCUACCACAACAACGUAAGAUUUUUGUGAGAGGAAGAAAAAAAGCGUCGUUAUGCACCUGGACCUGAAUCGUCUAAGUACAUUUUUUGUUUAGUUUUCAACUUUCAUCUUCACGUUGUUGACAAAAGGAAGCCCCAGCUUGUUGCUGAUACUGCUUGUUCCGCGGCCCUUGAAGGAGAUUUACAAGACCAACAGGACGACCGCAUGAUCAGCAGUCAAAACACGGACUCCUCUUGGCUACGUUUGGCAACCCCAACGCCUUCGAUUCCUACCUCCCCCUUUACCAGCUUCUUCGCCGUGGGAGGCGGCGCGUUUUCAUCGACAAACCCGCUGAAUCUGAAUACAUCCCCCACAGCUGCUGCAUCUGGAGCAUCUGCUUCUGCAGGUGAAGGAGGCUUAGCUCGUGCUAUUGCUGGAUCUUCCAAGAGGAAAGGUUGGAAAUCUCUGUCACCUCCUGUGCAAAAUCACUACCUAAAAAGCUCGCAUCAAUCGUCUGGGUGUCUUGUUUUAUGCGCACGCAAUUAUUUCAGUUUCGAAUGGAUUGAGUAGAUGCAGGUCUUCUAGAUCUACAUACUUACUAAAAGCUUCUACUUACUCAUUAUAAUUUCUGAGCAGUCUCUUCAACUUCAAAGAUGUUUCGUCGACGACCAUGAGAAAAAGAGGGACACUCCUGCAGUUGUAUGGGCUCUCUGGCCUAACUUGACCAUUUCACUUCAAUCCUUCCUUGUGCUUCUUGAAAUGAUCUCUGAAAACCGUCUCCACCGUGCUUUAUUUUUUCUAAUUAUACCAACUUCCACCCCCACAGCUGGGCGUGGCUGUGGCAGCAUCAAGACUUCUGCACACAAUAAAAAGUGUGGCACACCCCGAGUCGCGUCUUCCGGGAGAGGCAUGAUUGCCGGAAGUUCUAGAGCCUUUGGGGGGCGAACUUCUUCCUCCGGGAGGAAUAAGAAAGCUACGAAUUAUCUUCCUGGAACAAAUGUUACUACUGGUGGAACCACUAGUAGUAGAACAACAACAAGAUCAAAGUCGCUAAUAUCUUCUGAGGAGGACUUUGACCAACAAGGGGGUGAACAAGGUCAAACUCAGGAAGUUCCUGCAUCAUCUUCUCCUUGCGCCGCUACCGAGAACCAGAUGACCUCAGCACAACAAGGACCCUUCAACAUGUCUUCGAGUGAGGAUCUUCCUGUCGCAAACAGCUGCUCUGCUUCGAGGAGCAAUUCCCCUCCUGGGUCUGGUGACGAGUCAGCUACUUCUCCCGGUCUAAAGCAAGUAGCACUAGACACGACAGGUACAGAAAUAGGCGGGCUACAACCAGAACAACAACAACAACAAUUACGGCUUUAUCGCCUACUCCACCAUGACCUUCAGAAGCAUCUUGAAGCUGUUUCUUAAGGAGAAAGAAGCACCAAGAUGCAUCUCAGGAUGGAUAAGGGUGAGCUCUAAAGCAAGGAGGUGGCUUCGUGUCGUCCUUGAAAGCUGGAGCUACUGGCUUGCUCCGACGAGGACAAGACCUCUUUUCGCCGGCUAGCGGGGCCGAUGUUAUGGUGUUAGAAUUAAUCAGUUUCAGUAUCAGGAUGAUCAGACUGAAUUAUAGAUAUGGACUACUUCUUCUUCUUCUUCUGGUUCUUGUUCUGAGCCAGGUCCACCUACUAGCAACUACGUUUUCUGAUGCAAAUUUCGGCGUAACGAAAAUAAUCUUUUUUGAUUGUUGUUCUGCCUCCCGAUAAACUUGUUCUAAAAUCUCCAGACGCAGCACGUCUACUUCAGGAUUCGAAUUCACCCUGUUGGAUCCAAAUGAAGCAGAAGCAAGUGAACACAUCACGGCUUCAAGCACAAAGAAGAAAGGACUCCAACUAGAUACAGCUUCCCGAGAGCGUUUCCAACAACUCAUCGCGGAUUUGCAAAACGAGACCAAGGACCACAAGGGAAUGCGGCUCAAUAUCCUCUUGAGCUACUCGUCGUCGUGGGAAAUUCAACAGGGGGUCGAGAGAUACGUGAUUAUGGCUUACUAAUCUUUCAUGCCGAGAAAGAGAAAAUAGUAUCCGUCACGAACAAGAGUGAACUAGAUCAUCUUCUGAAUGACCUCGUAUAAAAAGAUAGCUCCAAUCAAUAUCAAGGGUUGGAUGUUGGCAUCUCUAUGCGCAUCUCUGUGAUGGUCCCAACCCCAAGUGAUGCUUCUAAAACCAAGUUCUGUGCAGAUUACGGUGGUUUCGAAUCUGUGGCGGGUGAUGAAAUGGCCGAACAGUUACCCUGGUGCGAUAAUCUAGUGCGAAUGAUGCAUGUGGAUUCCGACGUGGAUCUCUUAGUUCGGUGAGAACUUACAGAAGAUUCAUCACAUUUCUCUAAAAACUGAGUACUUCUACUUACACUUACGGGUAACAAGAACUAUUCGUGCAUCGACCGACGUUUCUUCACCUCAACUACAGAAUGAUCUUCAGAUGAAGUUCCAUUCUUGUUCACAUAGACAUCUUCAUCAUCAUCUUACAGAACCGGCAAUGCUGCUCGUUUGUCGGAAUUUUGUUUGACGCAGCUGAGGUAUGCAGAGUUGUAUUUGGAAAGCAAAUUUUUUCCGGACUACACACCUGACGACUUGCUCUCGGCGAUUCGGUCUUACAGUGGCAGACAGCGCCGACGCGGUAAGACGCCGGAGCAGGCAGCAGCGGAAUUGGCACAACAGAGGGGACAGCCUGUUGAGUGUUCCUGAACAUCAUGCUGUUGGGGUUUGAAAUACCUUUUGGAGUUUGGACCUGACCAUCAUGGUGGAAAGUUUGGAAAUGAGAGUACUCAAGACCUUCUUCUACUUCAUGCUGAGUGUCUUGAUUCAUCGCAGCACUACGCUGCUUAUAAUGGGUAUCGUCAGUAGAGGACCUAGAAGUACUAGAUGUGCCGCAAAUAAUAUACCUACAGAGAGAUUUCUUUAACGAUUAGAAACUGAGCCCAAUCAUUAACAUUAUGGGACGCACACACAUGAGGAUUGACAGAAAAAAAUAGGACAAGCACGAGCACCCGCUUCCCGCUUCGGAUCCAGGACAAUACAUAACGAAAAUUCAUUGGAGAUUCCAACAGUGGUCGUCCGUAUGAGUAAGCAUAACCAUAGACUUCCUUGUCUUUCGUUUCUUUCACACUAUUCUAUUCACAAUUGUAGUGGAUCAUUGAAGCUUUGGCGAAGAAUCCAUGUUGGCAUGUUGCUGCUCGUGUGGAUGAUCUAUAAGAUUGGAGUAAAUAGAAGGUGGAAUUAUGCAUUAAUAUAUCAUGACCACUCGGCUGCAUCUAAAAUCUAAUUGAGUUUGAGAUGAAGUGAAAGAAGUUUUUGUGUUGUCUUUGUGUGUAUUCUGCACUUCAUUAAAUGAUUCUUUUUUUGAGUUCUUAAGAACCGAAGUACUUACGACGUAGUAGGUGUAUAAUCAGCGAGCCCAAGAAGCACAUUCCAAACAAGAGUAUAGGUCGAACUACUUAUCUUGGUUCAAUGAUCUGGUAGAACGAAGCAUCAGCUGUUUGCUUUUGGACAGAAGUCACCAGAGCAACAGGAACAAAAAGUAUUGCG